CCAUACAAGAGGCGACACAAGUGUUCAUGGAUGCCAUCAAGGAAGGUGAAGACUUCAGCGACGAGCUGUGCUUCCUUCAAACACACAGCAAGGAGCCCGCAAGGGACAGCGACGUUGCCACCGAAAACCCCAGGAGUGGGCAUAAACUCAAUACAGCGGAGCAUGGGGCAAAGGAAAGCAAUAUCCCAACACACGUGUGGGGGCAAACGUUAGAGUCGUUCCAGUUUGCUCAGCCAAAAGGACGAGUAAACCCAAAUUGGAUAUUGCUCGAUAGUCAGGCUACGUGUAACUGCAUAUGCAACCCACGAUUAUUGCGGGAUAUCCGUGAGCAUCCCGACGGUGAAAGAAUCCGAAUUCACUGCAAUGCCGGGAGUGUUCUAAUCACCAAGGUCGGUGAUCUCCCUGGGUUUGGAAGAGUGUGGUAUCAGGAAGGAGGACUGGCGAAUGUCCUCUCAUUAGGGCUCGUAUCAGAUAGCCAUAGGGUCACACUGGACACAGCAAUCGCACAGUCUUUCUUUGUCCACAAACAAGACGGGACUACGCGACGGUUCGACAGGAUGCCAUGUGGGCUAUAUGCAUGCGACCUAACCGAUACCAGUGGCGUGAUCCUCACAGUGACAACUGUCAAGGGACAGAAGCAGUUCUACUCCGAUCUGGACCUGAAGAGGGCCAAGACGGCGAGGAAGCUCCAAGAAACACUCGGCUUCCCAAGCGUGAAAGCAUAUCUCCACAUGAUAGACAACAACCUCAUUAUGAACUGUCCAGUAACCAGACGCGACGUGCUGAUGGCAGAGGACAUAUACGGUGUCAACACGAACAUCGUGAAGGGCAAGACCGUGCGGAGGAGACCAACUCACACCCGAGAAGACAUCGAACCAGUACCUGCUGCCAUCCUGAAACGAUACCGAAAGGUGACACUGGGAAUAGACGUUUACACGGUGAAUGGAAUCAAGUUCUUCAGGUCGAUAUCAAGGCAUAUCAACUUCAGAACCAGUAGAACCAUACCGGACGCGAAGAUGGAAACACUGCUCUCCUGCGUGAAAUCCACCAUUGGGCUCUAUGCAGCAAGAGGUUUUGUGGUGGUCCAGCUGAUGGGCGACAACGAGUUCAACUGCCUCAAAGAUCCGUUGCUUGAAUUGUCCCCACCUGUGAAGUUUCACGGCGCUGCACCCAACGCUCACGAACCAUUCAUUGAAAGAGACAACAGAACAAGUAAGGAACAAGUGCGGUGUACUUUUGCGUCAGUGCCAUUCAAGGCAAUGCCACCAAGAAUGAUUAUCGAACUGGUAAACGGCGUAGACUACUGGCUGAAUUACUGGUGCAACUCAUCCGGAGUGUCAACCACAAUUUCGCCUCGACAGCUUUUAACGGGAACGAGAUUGGACGCACAGAAACACUGCAAGUUUCAAUUCGGGGACUACGUGUUGGGCCACGAAGAGAGCGGAGACAACUCCAUGGACCCAAGGGCACGGGACGCUAUAUAUCUCCGGCCCACAGGGGACGUCCAAGGGGCAAUGUACCUAUUCGACCUCGCGACGCAGAGGCGAAUACGACGAAAGACAGCAACACUGGCACACAUGACGGACACUGUCAUCAGACGAGUGGAAGAAAUCGCAAGGAAACAGAACUCACCGGAUGGUUUGAUCUACGGGGAUGCACACGGGCAAACCACCAUCAUGGAUAUCGAUACCGAUUCCCUGGCCUCCGAUGAGGAUGCAUCAGACUGCUCAUUUGUGCCAUCAGAUGACACAUCAAUCGCCUCGGAUCUCUCAGGAGUGGAUAGCACUGCUGACGAGAUCACCGUAGGCGCUGACGAUGAAGGGACCAUGGUCAGCUCAACUGAUGAAAGCAACUGUUAUAAUGAAAGCAGCGGAUUGAAUGCGGACACGGAUACACUUGAUGACCGUGCCAGUACGGCGAGACGUAGAAUUCUACAGAGACGUGACAACACAGAAAACACGAAUCAACCAGGUGCGGGUACAACGAAAAACCCAGGACCGGACACGCGCCUGCAAGAGACAGGGGAAACCGAAGUUAAUAAGCCCAACAGCGGCAAUGACCUGUCAGUCUCGGUGAAUCACGCGAACAAUGAAGCGCCCAACGAGCGUGACGAGCAACACGAUACGGACGACGACAGUCGUACGGGGGACAGCUGCAGCGUGAGCAGCAACUGCAGUAGUCAUAAAAGCAACUGCAGUGAAAAUGAAAGCAAUGACCAUGGCGAUCAAGCGGACUCAACAGGGCCAGCAGCCCAGGACACGACAGAGGAUGAAGGGGAAGAUAGCUCGGUAAGUCAGGAAGAAACAAACACCCGAGUGCUCCGGCCCCGAGUUACAAGAGCACAUAAUAAGUUUGGGAGUGCCGACGGGUUCACUCCAAGCGUGCACCACAGAACAUCGUCAUCAACAGUUGAUCACAACUGUUUCUUCACUGUCGGGUUCAGGGAAGCCGUAAACAGGGUAAGCAAACAACAUGAGCAAUACAUGUUCAUUGCGGCGGCCAUAGCCAAAUAUAAUAACAUCGACGCCUCCCUCGUGACAAAACAGUACGGUGUUAAAGCCGGUCUGAAAAUAUUCGGUACACUAGGGGUAGAAGCGGUGCUGAAAGAGCUUCGACAACUACAUGACCGGGAAGUCGUUAGCCCUGUGCAUAUUAGGGACCUCACUGGAGAGGAGAUCAAGCGUGCUCUCCCUUACCUCAUGUUCCUCAAGCGGAAAAGGUGUGGAACCAUCAAAGGUCGGGGAUGUGCAGACGGAAGGUCGCAGCGGGAAUUCAUAUCAAAGGAGGACUCAUACUCCCCAACAGUGUCCCUACAUGCCCUCAUGUUAUCCUGCCUCAUUGAUGCAAUCGAAGGGCGUGAUGUGGCAACAGCCGACAUACCAGGGGCUUUCUUACAGACUCCUAUGCCACCGGACGAGGUGGUGCACUUACGAUUUGACGGGCCCAUGGCAGAUAUCCUCACUAGACUGGACCCAAAGCUCUACCAACCACAUCUGAUCACUACAAAGAAGGGACAUAAGAUGCUGUAUGCAAGGGCCGACAAGGCUAUUUACGGAACCCUCCGAGCGGCUAUCCAAGUUGACUGAGUGGGGCUUUGAACUGAAUCCGUAUGAUGGGUGUACCGCCAACAAGAACAUUGAAGGAACACAGUGCACCAUUGUGUGGCAUGUGGAUGAUCUUAAGAUAUCACACGAGAGCCCAGAGGUCGUGACACACGUGUUGAAGCUUCUGGAGGAGGAAUUCGGCCAGGAUGCACCACUAACAGUAACAAGGGGAAGAAUUCACGACUAUGUUGGCAUGACUAUCGACUAUACUGAACAAGGCAAGGUGAUAUUCAACAUGUUUGACUACGUUGAAGGAAUACUGUCUGAACUGCCAGAGAGCCUAAACGAGACACGGAUCACCCCAACACCGGCCAGCAGCCAUCUCUUCCAGACACGAGAGGAUGACACAUUGCUGAGCACAAAGGAUGGGGAGCUGUUCCAUCAUUUCGUGGCCCAGCUCCUAUUCGCCAGCAAAAGGGCUAGACCUGAUCUGCAGACAGCCAUUGCUUUCCUCUGUACACGAGUCGCAUCUCCAGGGGAAGAUGAUUGGAAGAAACUAAGGCGAGUGAUGGGAUACCUCCGGUCUACCGCUUUCGUGCCUCUUGUGCUGGGAUGGGAUGGUUCCGGUCAAGCUAACUGGUAUGUUGAUGCAUCCUUUGCUGUCCACACGGACAUGAAAAGCCACACAGGUGCCAUGCUUACAUUCGGACAGGGAGCAGUUAUGGCCAUGUCUACCAAGCAAAAACUAAACACUAAAAGCUCAACAGAAGCCGAGCUAGUUGGCGUUGAUGAUGCCCUACCAUAUAACCUGUGGUGUAAGUAUUUCUUGGAGCACCAGGGCUAUAUGGCAACAGGUUGCACCAGUAGCGAACAACAAAGCCCACAGCGACUCGGGAGUGCAAAUGUGCUGCACCAAGACAAUACGAGUGCAAUGCGGCUUGAGAUGAACGGAAAAGCCUCAAGCACUAAAAGAACAAGACACAUCAAUAUUAGGUACUUUUUAAUUACUGAUCGAGUUAAGAAAGGAGAGGUGACUAUCCAAUACUGCCCAACUGGGGACAUGAUUGCUGAUUUCUUCACCAAGCCACUGCAGGGAUCACUAUUCCGUCGGUUGAGGAACACUAUAAUGGGAAUCAGCGACGAUGAUUUCACAAGAUACCGUAUUGAAUACUAUGCAGCAAAACGCACCAACAGCUGUGGCAAUUUACCGGUUCCACCAGUGUCAGCAGAGUAACCGUCACUGUGUGUGAACCGCAGGAGUGUGUUGGAACACAGCUCGUCAGUGCGCGUGCCAGCCAAGAUUGGUGCGCACAAUCCAAUAUAUUAGCCAAUGAGAAGGGCUGAACAACACCCAAUANCAGAAGAUCCUGACGCAAAAACCAUGAUGUUCUGCCUUCUUGUUUUACAUCAAAAGCCAAUUUCUCCAGACUCUUUUUCAAACGUUUUGAAUGAAGAAGAACAGGGGGUCUUCCAAAGUGCUUCUGAUAAACACUUUUGAAUUGGUCAAGACGAAUCUUGUUGUUGUUGCUUGCCAGUAGUUCACACACUUUUUGUGCUGUGCAGACGUCGUGUUCGGUAUCACUCGCGAACGAAGGGAUUACCGGUACUACCUCCAAAUCGGUUUGCGUUGUGUGCAACACGUAUGUGCAGGACUCAGCGUUUGGGAUUUUCUUGUCACAGUGCACUCGCUUGGGUUCGUACCCGUCGAUACUCGAUGCAGUGAAUGGAAUCUUUUUGCUAAUGGUGAAACCACAAGUUCGUGCCACUCCUUCUAGCCCCCACGCCUUCUCGGCUCUGUUGGUCCGCAUUGUGAUGUAAAUGGCCCCGUCGGUUUUCAAAAUCCCACGCGCGCUCUGGAAAAACCCGGCCAARAGAGUGGACCCCUGUUGGCUCAAAGGUUGAGUGACGUUCGCUGGAUACGGGAAGUUCCAAACGAUACUCUCCCAGACUCGUUUGCUACCAAGGCUACCGGUUUGUGUCACGUCAMGACUGUGCAGUACGGUUGCAUCGGUGCUGSCAGUCAGAACGGCAAUGUUGUCCCUGGCGCGAGCGUAUUUCUUCACGGCAACCAUCUUYGAGUCGAGCGAGGUUGCCGUUAUCCUUGCAGUGCCAUUGUUCGAUUGGUUUUCCCGCAAGCAAGCCAMCGAAUACGAAAAGUCGCCGUCGCCCACCACWAGAAUCUUCCCUUGCAAAGGUGGAAACCGAAAGGUAGCACAAUUGUUUGCGCCUUGAGAAAACAAACGUCGCAAACRAAUUGAGUAAGCCAUUGUAGAAUGGGUCCGUGUAAGCUCUGGUUUGCAGAGUCCCGAACGGAAGAUUGUGAUUUCCUUCGAGAAAUCCUGCCAGUUUKCAUCCUAGGAUGUUUUUGAGCGAGUGCUACAUCCCAAGAACCAAAUAAGAGACCCGCGGAGUAUAUGGCAAAAAGAAUGGACAAAAUUUUCGAAUUCGCAAAUCAACCCAGCAAAGCCGAUCCAGUCGACACUUGUCMCGCAUGGACUAGGAUCUUCUCCGUGACUUCAACGGGUCUAAUCGAGCAAAGCUGGGCAAGUCGACACCUAGGUCAMAURAAUCGGGAACACGCCCGAAGCUUCCACGGUUUUCCACGUUCGCCCUAUCUCCAUCCUCGCUAUCCACGGCACCACGAUGCAUUGGUCUACUCGUAUUUUACCUUUUUUUGUCCCGCUCAAGAAUUCAUGCCGUGGCAAGGCAUCGUGAUUAAAGAUUGCCUUCGCUCCGAUAAGAUACGGGAAACGGUACCAUCUUCUGCGGCGAUGUACGCUUGUUGUUGGUACAGCAGACCACAACCCAAUGGAGACGUUUUCUUUUCCCGGAUGUAAUUCCAAACGCUGAACGAUUGGAGCAUGCGAAUGUGCAAAACUAUGGUUCCAUUUUACAGAAACGGCACGGUUGUGAAAGUGGAUGCAUUCUGAUGCAUCAUUGGUCUCUCGAUUCUCAUUGUUUCUGUUGGUUCUCGUUUACUUCGCCUUCUGUCCCUCAAACUCCCUAAUUGGCAUAUUCAGAAUCCUCAUGAAAAAUUGGGCAAGAUAC